CCUCAGCCGAGUCGCGGUGGUCGCGACCGUACCCCGAAGUGAAGGGAGUCGCCGCUGGAGAGGGGCUCGGCGCCCGGCGGGGACUGCAGUGACUGCAUCUGACUGUGCCGAGGGGCAGUGUACUGUACUGGUCAAGAGCCACACUCCCUGGGUUCAUAGCCUGGCUUUGCCACCUCCUAGAGUGUGACCUUAGGCGAUGACUCAGGAUGCAGCCAGGGGCCACGACGUGCACGGAGGACCGCAUCCAGCAUGCCCUGGAGCGCUGCUUGCAUGGGCUCAGCCUCAGCCGCUGCUCCACCUCCUGGUCAGCCGGGCUGUGUCUAAACUGCUGGAGCCUGCAGGAGCUGGUCAGCAGGGACCCGGGCCACUUCCUUAUCCUCCUCGAACAGAUCCUGCAGAAAACCCGAGAGGUUCAAGAGAAGGGCACCUAUGACCUCCUUGCGCCCCUGGCCCUGCUCUUCUACUCCACUGUCCUCUGUACACCACACUUCCCGCCAGACUCAGAUCUCCUUCUGAAAGCAGCCAGAACCUACCACCGGUUCCUGACCUGGCCUGUCCCUUACUGCAGCAUCUGCCAGGAGCUGCUCACCUUCAUCGACGCUGAACUCAAGGCCCCAGGAAUCUCCUACCAGAGACUGGUGAGGGCCGAGCAGGGCCUGCCCAUCAAGAAUCAGCGCUCCUCCACCAUCACCGUGCUCUUGCUGAACCCAGUGGAGGUGCAGGCCGAGUUCCUCGCCGUGGCCGACAAGCUGAGCACGCCUGGGCACACGCCCCACAGCGCCUACAUCACCCUGCUCCUGCAUGCCUUCCAGGCCACCUUUGGGGCCCACUGUGACCUCCCAGGCCUGCACUGCAGGCUGCAGUCCAAGACCCUGGCAGAGCUCGAGGACAUCUUCACGGAGACUGCAGAGGCCCAGGAGCUGGCAUCUGGCAUCGGGGAUGCAGCGGAGGCGCGGCAGUGGCUCAGGACCAAGCUGCAGGCGGUGGGAGAGAAAGCCGGCUUUCCUGGUGUCUUAGGCACUGCAAAACCUGGCAAGCUGCGCACCAUCCCCAUCCCUGUCGCCAGGUGCUACACCUACAGCUGGAACCAGGACAGCUUCGACAUCCUGCAGGAAAUCCUGCUCAAGGAACAGGAGCUGCUCCAGCCAGGAAUCCUGGGGGAUGAUGAGGAGGAGGAAGAGGAGGAGGAGGAGGAGGACUUGGAAACUGAUGGGCAUUGUGCCGAGAGGGACUCAGUGCUCUCCACCAGCUCGGCAGCUUCCCACGACUCCGCCCUGUCCUUUGCCUUGUCCCAGGCCUCAGGGCCCACGCUCUCCCGCCAGUUGCUGACCUCUUUUGUCUCCGGCCUCUCGGAUGGCAUGGACAGUGGCUACGUGGAGGACAGUGAGGAGAGCUCCUCUGAGUGGCCCAAGAAGCCUGGCAGCCAGGAGUGCCGGGGCCACCGCAGGCCUGGGCAGAAGUUCAACAGGAUCUAUAAACUCUUCAAGAGCACCAGCCAGCUGGUCCUGCGGAGGGACUCUCGGAGCCUGGAGGGCAGCUCGGAUACCCUGCCCCUGCGACGGGCUGGGAGCCUCUGCAGCCCCCUGGACAGCCUGACACUGCCCCCCACCCGGGCCCAGCGCUCCCGCUCCCUGCCCCAGCCCAAGCUCAGCGCUCAGCUGCCUGGCUGGCUCCUGGCCCCUGCAUCACGCCAUCGGCGCCGCCGCCCCUUUCUGAGUGGGGAUGAGGACCCCAAGGCUUCCACGCUACGUGUCGUGGUCUUCGGCUCCGAUCGGAUUUCGGGGAAGGUGGCUCGGGCGUAUAGCAACCUGAGGCAACUGGAGAACAAUCGCCCACUCCUCACACGGUUCUUCAAGCUUCAGUUCUUCUACGUGCCCGUGAAGCGAAGCCAUGGGACCAGCUCCAGCACCUGCCCAUCCCCUCGGAGCCAGACGCCCCCACUCCCCACAGACUCCCCAAGGCACCCCAGCCCUGCAGAGCUGGGCACGGCCCCAUGGGAGGAGAGCACCAAUGACAUCUCCCACUACCUCGGCAUGCUCGACCCCUGGUAUGAGCGCAACGUGCUGGGCCUCAUGCACCUGCCCCCUGAAGUCCUCUGCCAGCAGUCUCUGAAGGCUGACUCGCGGCCCCUGGAGGGCUCCCCUGCCCAGCUGCCUAUCCUGGCAGACAUGCUGCUCUACUACUGCCGCUUUGCCGCCCGGCCGGUGCUGCUGCAGGUCUAUCAGACAGAGCUGACGUUCAUCACCGGGGAGAAGACGACAGAGAUCUUCAUCCACUCCCUGGAGCUGGGUCACUCUGCUGCCACACGCGCCAUCAAGGCUUCGGGUCCUGGCAGCAAGAGGCUGGGCAUCGAUGGUGACCGGGAGGCCAUCCCUCUAACACUACAGAUUAUUUACAGCAAGGGGGCCAUCAGUGGACGAAGUCGCUGGAGCAACAUGGAGAAGGUCUGCACCUCCGUCAACCUCCACAAGGCCUGCCGGAUGCCGGAGGAGCUAGGUGAGGGGCGUGUGGGCCGCGGGGGGGCGGGCGGCCUCCGAGCCAGGCCUGAGCCCCCCUGCCCUUCAGACUCCAGCACGGAGGCGCUGACGCUCCGUCUGACCGAGGUGGUGAAGAGGCAGAACUCCAAGUCCAAGAAGGGCUUCAACCAGAUUAGCACAUCGCAGAUCAAAGUGGACAAGGUGCAGAUCAUCGGUUCCAACACCUGCCCCUUUGCCGUGUGUCUGGACCAGGACGAGAGGAAGAUCCUGCAGAGUGUGGUCAGGUGUGAGGUCUCACCCUGCUACAAGCCAGAGAAGAGCAGCCUCUGCUCCCCACCCCAGAGGCCCCCCUACCUGCCGGCCCAGGCCACGCCCGACAUCUGCUCCCUCCUCUGUCUGCCCAUCAUGACUUUCAGUGGAGCUCUGCCCUAGCACCGGCCUGCACGGGAAGCCCCUCCCGGCAGGACAGUCGCUGUGAGGGCCGUGCUCCCUCUGGAGAACUGAAUGGCCCUGUGCUGGGUCGGGUCCUGCUGUGGGUGCUGCAAUGGGCAGGGGGUGGAUGGUUUCUGGGGCCUCAGGGCUCUGGGAAAGAAACAGGCAUUAGGGAGAGAGGGGCCUGCCUACACAGCCCCUCAGAUUCCUCACGUAGAAACGAGAGGGAUGGGGAGCUCACCUCUGAAGGCCCUGAUCACUGGCGUGGUCUAGGAGCCUUUCUAGAAGAUCUGAGGCUCUGGUGCUCUGGAGUGUGGUGUAGGCUUCCUCUCCCAGCCUGGGCCAGGCCCACCCCUUACUUGGCCAGAGAUGUGUGUGUGGAGUUCCGUCUCCCUCCUCUGGGGUUCAGGUGGUAGGAACGUGGAUGAAACUCUUCUUUCUGACCUCAGUACCAUCCUCCCCACCUCUCUCUCUCUCUCUCCCACACACACACACUCACACUCACACUCACACACACACUCUUUCUCUCCCUCGAAUCCCCUGGGUCUUUGGAGAAACAGCACUAACACUUUACCUGUCUACUGUCAGGACCUGGAACAGCUUCUCUCUGGAGCCCUUUUCUGGCUCGAGAUUUUUGGGAGACAGGACAGGCUUAGAUUGAGUAGUGCCUCGGUUCCCUUCCAGCCAAAGGACCAGAAGGAAGUUAAUUAGCUCCUUCAAGCCUGCCUUUCCUGAGCACUAAGAUGGUGGAAGUAAGGCCUCCUUAAAGCAUGGAAGGGAGGUUGUGUGCCAAGCGCCUGGCCCAGCGGCUAGCUCAGAGCAGGCGCUUAGUAACGAUUCGCAGCCUUUCCCCCUAAACGCUGACUCCCCUGCCUGGCACUGGGAUGCUCUCACGGCCUCGGGCAUCCUCUCCAUUCUCUCCUUCCCAAAUCACUGAUGAGGCGGAACAGAAGGAGACGAGGGCUAAGGAUUGGUCAGUUUUGUUCUCUGGAGAAGGAAUUUCCUUCGUCAGGGUAAGAGGAGGGUUGCACGGGUGCCCCCAGCCUUCACCUCGUCCUCUCCCAGGUUGGCCCCGGUGCCCCUCACUCCCAUAUCACUCCUUGGGCUGCUGCACGUUGUGUGUGGAAUCUUCCAGCCCCAAAGUCCACUGGCACCAUUCUGGAGCGUGGGCAAGAUCCCAGAGGAGGAGAGGAUGGAGUGCCUGGCCUCGCGGAGCUUAGUAACUGAUUGGGGUAAAUGAACGAUAGCAUGAGAGCCAGAAAUUUAAAACUGCCAGGCUGGAGGGGUUUGAGAAGUUAGAAGCAAGUGUGAAGGGCGGCGUUUGGCCCCGGAUUUGGACUGGAGAGGUGGGGAAAGUACCAUGGAAGCAGACAAUCGUAUCCUGCACAGAGUCGCUCCUUCCCCUCCUCCCCCUGCUCCAUCCUGCUCCAAAGGUUCUGGGCUUCUAGGAGCCCGUGAAACCCCAACCCAGAGUACUCACGACUUGAAAGAAGUGGCCAGAGUCAGCUGCUUCCCUGUACCACUGUCCUCCCCUGUCCUAGCCAUCUGUACCUGCUCCAGGCUCCAGAAGAGUGGUCGGCCAUAUACCUUCAAUUUUUGGUUGUGUGAGCAGGUUGGCCUACUACAUGAUAAACAGAUGUCCUAGAAUAAGCAAACGGAAUUUAAUAUUAUUGUCAAAUAAAACUUGAUUACUCCUGCAUUUCAUGACCUACAGUUAUUUUGC